AUGCUAGAGACUUUGGACAAGAGCAUCCCCACUCUGCUAUUUGUGUGCUACGUGCUUCUACAAACGAUUCUACAAAUGCGACGGUCGAGCUCAAGACGAAACCCGGCACGCCGCUGUCAUAACCCAACAACCCAGAUCGACACCCACUCCACUGAACUCUUGACGAUGCCUCUCUUCAACUGGUUAGGGCCGGGGGAAGGGGAGUCGCUACGAAAGUUAUAUUCUAGGGCCUUGACUCUUGAUGAAUGGGCUACCAAGGGACUAUGGAGGCACAUCUUAUCGAAGGCAUUCCCUCUUGAAAAAGGUUUCCUCGUCCUAACGGAAGCGCCACCAAUCCAAGCAGGAAGCCUUCGGCGUGUUGAUCUCAUGGUGGAACGAUCUGGAGAGGAUAACCUGUGUCCAAUAAUCCUAUGGGGUGAGGCAAAGAAAGCCAAUUCGCUGGGUUUCGAUAUGGCAGAAGUCGAGUCUCAAGGCUUCACAGCGGGCAUGGAGCACUUGAUGUACGACAGGACUGGACGCACCGCCGUCUGGGUUAUGACGGUUGGACAAGGCCGGGAAGAAGAUGUAUUCCUGUGGCCCAUUUUCCCCGCCAAUUGGGAUUGUGGCAACAAGCAUACAUAUCUCAACGUGCGAGGCAAUGAAGUCGUAUUUGAGUGGCUUUUGGAGCAUAUUCGGCAGAAUCAGAGACCAACCGAGGCAUACGUGAAAGAUUUUGUCCAUGGAAGGAUUCCAAACAUCUUGAUCGAUGCUCAGAGCGCGAUGCAAGUGGAUGUUUUGAAGGUGGAGCAACAGGGACUCGUCUGCCGGCUUUUUGAUGGCGGUUCGAUCAAAAUAUUCCCAAAUGACUGGGUCCCAUCGUUUGUUAGGAACGGCGCUGUCACCGGUAUUGGACAUGGAGUACGACUCCAACUCAGCUUUAGGCUGUGUCAAAGAUGGACUCUCUACAAGUAUCAAGUCGGCGAAAUUCGCGAUGGAUUGAAUACGAGAAAGAUGCACAAUGACAGUCAAUAA